GAGGCUUCUUUAUCCGUCCUCAAGAUCAUGGCCUGGUCAUCAAUCAGGACAAUGGUCCACGCUCGAUCCUUUACGAACAUAUCGGAACCCUCCUGUUCCAGACUCUCGUGUUCGACCCAUGCGUUCAAUAUAAAUACACCCCUCCCACCUGUCCAUCUCCUACAACCCAGACCUGACCUAGACCUCGGAUCACACCUAACCUUACUCUCAGACCCCCGAAACUCUGCCAAAAUGGUGCGCCUCAACUGGUCAGACAUGACUCCCCUGAACUCGACGGUGAUGGCCCCAUCACCAGCACCCAAAGCCGCCCCGGCCGCCCCAGCAGCAGCACCCACCGCCACCCCGGCACCAGCGGCGACGCAGACGCAGACGCCGGAGUACCGGGAGCAGCCGUUCAUCUUCGUAUGCUCGCACCAGGAGCUGUACCUGGACAAGAAGUGGCGUCCGCUGUCCGAGGAGGUGAUCCUCAAAAAGAUCAACGAUGCCUUCAAAGGCUCUGGUCGCCCGUGGCUCAAGGCAAUUCAGUUCCUGAGGGUUCGGCGCGUCCAGCCGCCGAAGGAGAAGACCUUCGACCCGCCCCGGCGCCUGCGUCUGGACGUGAAGACCUGGCGAGAGCGGGCCGACCUGUACGAGAAAGACGAGAACCAGCGCGACUGGCUGCGUCUGCUCGAACAGCAGCAGCCGUAUGGGGCGAAUAUUGAGGCGACUGAGCUUCGUCCGCGGCCGCUUAGGGCGAAGAAGACGGGGAAGAGGGGUGGGAAGAAGGGUGAGCAGAAGGGUGAGCAGAAGGGUGAGCAGAAGCCUCAACAGCAGACCCAGCACAAGCCUCAGCAAAAGACUGAGCCGAAGGCUGAGAAGAAAUAG